UCCAAGCUGUAUGGACAAUAGCAAACUCACAUCAUUUCCUUCAUUAUACGAAAAGCAAAAUCAAACAAAGAGAAAACACCAAAGAGCCAACUCCCAUGUUCUUAUCUAAAUUAUUUUUUUUUAUUUUGAUUUCGAUCAUCCCAGCCGAUUAAUCUAGAAAGUCAAAGAACAGUUUUCAUUAUCCCGAUCCAGCUCACUCAAAAUCAAUUAAUUUUAUAUAAAUCUUAAGGAAUAAUGGAAGGAAGUUCGUUCUGAGGAGCAAAGCUGCUGUCUUUUCAGAUUAAUCCAUCGAAGCGAUCUAUUGAGAGAGAGGCUUUCGAGUUUAGAUGGCGAUACUGUACGCGCUCGUUGCGCGUGGAUCGGUAGUGCUGGCGGAGUUCACGGCGGCGUCGACUAACGCGAGUUCGAUCGCCAAGCAGAUUCUGGAGAAAAUACCAGGAGACAACGACACUCACGUUUCGUAUUCGCAGGAUCGUUUCAUUUUCCAUGUCAAACGCACCGAUGGACUCACCGUUCUUUGUAUGGCCGAUGCAAGUGCUGGAAGGAGAAUUCCUUUUGCAUUUCUUGAAGACAUACACCAUAGAUUUGUGAGGACAUAUGGAAGAGCAGUAUUUUCAGCCCUUCCUUACGGCAUGAAUGAUGAAUUUUCAAGGGUUUUGAGCCAGCAGAUGGAAUAUUACUCGAGUGACCCUAAUGCCGAUAGGAUAAACCGACUAAAAGGUGAAAUGAGCCAGGUGAGAAACGUUAUGAUAGAGAAUAUCGACAAAGUUUUAGAGAGAGGCGACCGCUUGGAAUUGCUGGUCGACAAAACUGCUAGCAUGCAAGGAAAUACCUUUCGCUUCAGAAAGCAAACUCGACGUUUUAGAAACACAGUAUGGUGGAGAAACGUCAAGCUUACGGUUGCUCUGAUAAUCCUCCUCCUAAUUAUCAUUUAUGUCGUGCUGGCUUUCGUCUGUCACGGGAUCACGCUACCUUCGUGCCUAAAAUGAGGUCAGCAAUUCGAGAUUCGAAGAACUCCGUCCGUCCCCAUGGAAUCCUGUUUUCUUGGCUCGGUGAUGCUUUUGUUUCAACUUCCUCUGCAGUGAGUUGUACACUAUCUGUUUAUUCAAUGUGAAAGAACCAGAGUUUUCAUGCUGCUGUUGUGUAACCAUAGUUUCUUGUGAAAUUUGGGACUGCUGCUUGGUGUUUGUC